CUCAAACUCUCAUUCUCCCACCAGAGCUGCUUGGCCAUCCCUUCUAGAUAUGGAAGUAAAAGAUCAGCUACCACCGCCCUAUAGUACUGCUGCACGCAGAUGGUGGUCGAAGGAGACGGUGGCGGUGGUCACCGGCGGGAACAAGGGGAUCGGGUUCGCGGUGGCGAAGAAGCUGGCGGAGAAAGGGCUGACCGUCGUAUUAACGGCGAGAGACGUCGGAAGAGGGAAGCAAGCCGUCGAGACGCUGCGAUGUCGUUUCGGUCUACAUAACGUCAGCUUUCUGCAGCUCGACGUUUCCGACCCUUGUUCCGUCGAAGCCUUCGCUUCCCGGUUUCGUCAAGACUUUGGCCUGCUGGACAUUCUCGUGAACAAUGCGGCAGUGUCGUUCAACGAGAUACAUUCGAACUCGGUGAAACACGCGGAGACGGUAAUGAGAACCAACUUCUACGGCCCCAGGUUGCUCAUCGAGGCCCUCCUCCCCUUCUUCCGCCGCUCCCCCAGCUCCUUCGCCCGCAUCCUCAAUCUCAGCUCCAGGCUCGGCUCUUUCACCAAGAUGCCGUCGGUGUACGGAGCUCGAUUGACCACCUUCGAGGACUCGGAGAAGGAGAGCGAGUAUGGAUACGUUCGUAAGGUAUCCGGGCCUGUCGUCAUUGCAGAUGGGAUGGCUGGUGCUGCUAUGUAUGAACUGGUUCGUGUUGGCCAUGACAAUCUGAUUGGGGAAAUUAUUCGGUUGGAAGGGAAUUCAGCCACAAUUCAAGUGUAUGAGGAAACAGCUGGUUUGAUGGUCAACGACCCUGUUCUGAGGACUCGCAAGCCUCUAUCCGUGGAGUUGGGACCAGGAAUAUUGGGGAAUAUAUUUGAUGGAAUUCAGAGGCCGCUGAAAACUAUUGCAAAGAGAUCCGGGGAUGUGUAUAUUCCUCGUGGUGUUUCUGUCCCGGCUCUUGACAAAGACACUCUUUGGGAGUUCCAGCCUAAAAAAUUGGGUGAGGGAGAUCUUUUGACCGGUGGAGACUUAUAUGCUACCGUUUUCGAGAACAGCCUUAUGCAGCAUCACGUGGCCCUCCCUCCAGAUGCCAUGGGAAAGAUUUCCUACAUUGCACCUCCUGGUCAAUAUUCACUGAAAGAUACGGUGUUGGAGCUUGAGUUUCAGGGUGAAAAGAAGAAGUUCACCAUGCUUCAGACCUGGCCGGUUCGUACACCAAGACCUGUUGCAUCAAAGCUUGCUGCUGAUACCCCUCUUCUCACUGGGCAGCGUGUCCUUGAUGCUCUUUUCCCUUCUGUGCUUGGUGGAACUUGUGCCAUUCCUGGAGCUUUCGGAUGUGGGAAAACUGUCAUUAGUCAAGCACUUUCCAAGUACUCAAAUUCUGAUACUGUUGUAUACGUUGGAUGUGGGGAGAGAGGAAAUGAAAUGGCUGAGGUGCUUAUGGAUUUCCCACAAUUGACUAUGACGUUGCCUGAUGGCCGUGAGGAAUCUGUGAUGAAACGUACAACACUUGUUGCCAAUACAUCAAACAUGCCUGUCGCUGCUCGUGAGGCUUCAAUUUAUACAGGAAUUACUAUUGCUGAAUACUUCAGAGAUAUGGGCUACAAUGUGAGUAUGAUGGCAGAUUCAACUUCACGAUGGGCAGAAGCACUGCGUGAAAUUUCUGGAAGAUUGGCUGAAAUGCCUGCAGAUAGUGGAUAUCCUGCUUAUUUAGCAGCACGUCUUGCUUCAUUUUAUGAACGUGCUGGUAAGGUAAAAUGCCUUGGUGGGCCAGAGCGUACUGGCAGUGUUACAAUUGUUGGUGCUGUUUCUCCUCCUGGUGGAGAUUUUUCUGAUCCCGUCACAUCUGCUACGCUCAGCAUCGUCCAGGUUUUCUGGGGUCUGGACAAGAAACUUGCCCAGAGGAAACAUUUCCCUUCUGUAAACUGGCUGAUUUCCUAUUCAAAGUACUCUACGGCGCUUGAACCUUUCUACGAGCAAUUUGAUUCCGACUUCAUCAAUAUCAGAACCAAGGCCAGAGAAGUGCUGCAAAGAGAAGAUGACUUGAAUGAAAUUGUGCAGCUUGUUGGAAAGGAUGCUUUGGCUGAAGGAGAUAAGAUUACUUUGGAGACUGCUAAACUUUUGAGGGAAGAUUAUCUUGCUCAGAAUGCUUUUACCCCGUAUGACAAGUUCUGUCCCUUCUACAAAUCUGUUUGGAUGAUGCGCAACAUCAUUCACUUCUACAACUUGGCCAAUCAGGCUGUGGAGAAAGGAGCUGGUAUGGAUGGUCAGAAGAUCUCAUACACCCUUAUCAAGCAUCGAUUGGGAGAUCUUUUCUACCGCUUAGUGUCUCAGAAGUUUGAGGAUCCGGCUGAGGGAGAACCUGCAUUGGUGGCCAAAUUCAAUAAGUUGUACGAUGAUCUCACUGCUGGUUUCCGUGCUCUGGAGGAUGAGACCCGGUGAUUCUGUCAAUCUCUGGGAGGUUUCGGCAUCUUAUCUGCCUUGUGCCUCCAAGUGGUAGCGCUAUACGACACACUUGGUAUCUAUUUAUUUCAGCGUCUCUAGAGAAGCGGUCAGGGCCCUAUAGCUUGAUCCCACAGCACUUUGGGAGAGGGCCAGGGGGAUGGAUUAUUUUGCUGUGCCUUUCGACAUUUAUAGUUGCGACGGGAAAGAUGUGGUGUGGUAGCCUAGUGUUCUGUAUUGUUAGUAAGGUUGAUUUUUUGAGAGUUCAUUUUGAGCAGCAACAAAAAGACCAGAGAAGUGCCACUGCUCCGCCAACUUUCGUGUAUUUAUCGCAAUAAGGGCCUCUGUAUUUUUGGUGCCUAGUUUGUAUUGGAUUCGUUGUUUUACGUAUUAAAGCUAAAAUCGAUCAUCCUUGGUGGUUGUAGUAGGCUGCCGUGCCCUUAUCUAGUUAGUCGACUUUGUUUUCCGGUUGCUCGAACCUUGUAUUGGUAUUGGAACUGGAAGCAGCAGCCUUUCUGCUUGCCCCAAACGAAAAUCCUACUGGUAUUAGUAGACUUUUGUUAUGCUAAGAGCGUUCUGCUCUAUUGCUCUAGCUUGUGCCCAUCCCUGUCAUUCUCUAGCAAUCAAGUGGAA